GCCCGCCCGCCUCGGCACGGCGCGGCCCGCUCCGCUCGCCCGGACCGCUCGGCCCCCGCCCGCCUUUAGCCUGGAAGAUGGCGGGUGGCGUGGACGGCCCCAUAGGGAUCCCGUUCCCGGAUCACAGCAGCGACAUCCUCAGCAGCCUGAAUGAGCAGAGGAACAACGGGCUGCUGUGCGACGUGGUCAUCCUGGUGGAAGGCCAGGAGUUCCCCACCCACCGCUCCGUCCUGGCGGCGUGCAGCCAGUACUUCAAGAAGCUCUUCACCUCAGGGUUAGUGGUGGACCAGCAGAACGUGUAUGAGAUAGACUUUGUGAGUGCAGACGCGCUGUCGGCGCUGCUGGAGUUCGCCUACACCGCGACCCUCACCGUCAGCACUUCCAACGUCAACGACAUCCUCAACGCCGCCACGCUGCUGGAGAUCCCGGCCGUCAGGGAUGUCUGCACGGAUCUCCUGGAGAGGAAGAUUCUGGCCAAAAAUGACCAGAUGGAUACAGUAGAUCAAAUUGAUCAGAGGAACCAUCUCAGAGCAAAAGAGUACCUGGAGUUCUUCCAGAGCAACCCCGUGAACGGCCACCAAGGCAGCUUUCCGUGGACCAACCCAGAGUUGAGAGACCUUCAGAGACUGAACUUCCGAGGCCAAGAGGAGGAGGAGGAGGCGAACUGCAACGGCCUGGACUUCUACUCGCAAGCCACCCCAACCGAAAGACCAAAGGCAAGUGACUGUGACCCCGACAGCAACCCGGCCAUGUGGCUGGAGCGCGAGGACGAGGAGCAGGUGGGCGGCGGGAUGUUCUCCCCUUCCCAGAACGGACAUUACAGCAGCCGCGGCCUGGCCACCCCGGCCGAGGAGGAGGGGGGCACCCCCAGGGGCCCCCUGGACCCGCAGGAGGCCGGGGACUCGCCCAGCUUCAUCCCCACGGGCACGGAGACGGAGGACGAUGCCAGGGAGGUGGAUGACCUGGCCGCCAGCGCCCUGCUCCAGCAGAUGAUCAACUCGGUGGGGCGGCAGCAGCUCGGCGACGACGACCGCAAGGACGAGGACGGGGUCAUGGAUUAUUACUUGAAAUAUUUCGGCAGUUCCAGCGAGGGCGACGUGUACCCGUCCUGGUCGCAGAAGGUGGAGAAGAAGAUCAGGGCGAAAGCAUUCCAGAAGUGCCCCAUCUGCGAGAAGGUGAUCCAGGGCGCCGGGAAGCUGCCGCGCCACAUCCGCACCCACACCGGGGAGAAGCCCUACGAGUGCAACAUCUGCAACGUCAGAUUCACCAGGCAGGACAAGCUGAAGGUGCACAUGCGGAAGCACACGGGGGAGAAGCCCUACCUGUGCCAGCAGUGCGGCGCCGCCUUCGCCCACAACUACGACUUGAAGAACCACAUGCGGGUGCACACGGGGCUGCGGCCGUACCAGUGCGACAGCUGCUGCAAGACUUUCGUCCGCUCCGACCACCUGCACAGGCACCUUAAAAAAGAUGGAUGCAACGGGAUCCCGUCGCGGAGGGGCCGCAAGCCGCGGGUCAGGGAGGCCGGCGGGGCCUUGCCCCCCACGCCCACGGAGGACGGGAGCGCCCCGGCCCCCGAGGCCGAGGACGCGGCCGCGGGCAGCGAGGAGCAGCAGCAGCAGCAGCAGCACUUUGAGGAGAAUUCCAAUAACGAAGCGCCGGGAUUGAAUGUAGCAGGAGGGUCGGAUGAGGGUAAUGAGCAAGGACUCUCCUAAACCAAAAAAAAAAAAAAAAAAAAAAAAGAAAAGAA